AUGUCCAACGAACAGCUCAUCACCCUCACUUAUCGGGACCGUGUCGCGAUCGUCACGCUCAACCGGCCUGACAAGCUGAAUGCUCUGAACCAGGAGCUCUACUACCUCCUCGGCGAGCGUCUCCGGGAGAUUGACCAGCGCGAGGAUAUCUACAUCACUGUCCUCACCGGCACAGGCCGAUUCUUCUCUGCCGGCGCAGACGUUACAAGCAGCCGUCCCAAUGGCGAUCUGAGCUCCAACGCUCGCCGCGAACUGGUCAAGGGCUUCGUCGCCAACAACGUCGACGUCACCCGCACCUUCUACAACCACAGCAAGAUCCUCGUCGUCGCCCUGAACGGACCCGCCGUUGGCCUCUCCGCAGCCCUAAUCUCCCACGCGGACUUCAUCUACGCCGCCCCGCACGCCUUCGUGCUAACCCCCUUCUCAUCCCUGGGCCUCGUCGCCGAAGGCGGCGCCAGCCGCGCAUUCGUCGAGCGUCUCGGCAUCGCCAAGGCCAACGAGGCGCUUAUCAUGAGCAAGCGGAUUUCCUGCGAGGAGCUUGUGUCGGCUGGAUUCGUGAAUAAGGUUAUCGAGGCGGACUCGAAGAAUAAGGAGGACUCAGAUGGGUUCUUGAAGAAUGUGCUUGCUGAGGUUGAUGAUCGGUUGGGUACGCAUUUGAAUCAGUCGAGUCUGUUGAAGAUUAAGGAGCUUGUGCGUCGGCCUGAGAGGGAGAUUCUGGAUCGUCAGAAUGGGAUUGAGGCGUUUAUGGGUCUGGAGCGGUUUUUGAUGGGUGUGCCGCAGGAGGAGUUCAGGAAGUUGGCUUCUGGCGAGAAGAAGCAUAAGCUUUAG